CGUUUGGACAACGUUUUGUUUUCUUCUUCUUCGUUUGUUUUAAACAACCUUUAAAAAGAUGAAAGCCAAAUUCAUCAACGGAGUUUCGUCGUCGCCCUCCAUGUCGCUGGGCCUCCUAGUGACUGAGAACGCCCUUCAGGUCCAGCCCGACACCCAGGAGGACUGCAGGAGGAAGGAGCUGGUCCGCCCCGACCAGCCGGACUCGGACACCCGGCGCAAGGCGUACCUGUGGUGCAGGGAGUUCCUGCACGGAGCCUGGAAGAACCUGGCCGAGGAGGACUUCCAGAUCACCAUCAUAAGGGGUGGUCUGAGCAACAAGCUCUUCCUGUGCAGCAUCCCCGACAGCCUGGACUCUGUCGGGGACGAGCCGCGGAGUGUCCUGCUGCGUCUCUAUGGGGCCAUCCUGCAGAUGUCCUGUAAUAAAGGGGAUUCCCAACAAUCAAACAAAGACAAUCACUUCCAAGGGGCAGAGGCCAUGGUGCUGGAGAGUGUGAUGUUUGCUAUCCUAGCUGAGAGGGAGCUGGGACCCAAACUUUAUGGCAUUUUCCCUCAGGGUCGCCUGGAGCAGUAUGUCCCUAGCCGUAAACUGGACACCUGUGAGUUGAGCGACUCCAGCAUCUCAGCUGAGGUUGCAGAGAAAAUGGCCAAGUUCCAUGGAAUGAGGAUGCCCUUCAACAAAGAGCCCAAGUGGCUGUUUGGGACCAUGGAGAAGUACCUGAGUCAGGUCAUGAGGUUGAACUUCACCAGAGAGUCCCACCUGCGACUCUUCAACCACCUGCUGGCGUACAACCUGCCUCAGGAGAUGGAGAUGCUGAAGUCUCUGCUGGAGUCCACCCACUCCACUGUCGUUUUCUGCCACAACGACUGCCAGGAAGGAAACAUCCUGCUGCUGAAGGGCCGACAGCGCUCAGACCAACAGAAGCUGAUGCUCAUCGACUUUGAGUACAGCAGCUACAACUACAGAGGGUUUGAUAUCGGCAACCAUUUCUGUGAAUGGAUGUACGACUACACCUGUGACGAGUUUCCCUUUUUCAAAGUCAGCGCUCAGAACUACCCAUCAAAAGCCCAGCAGCUUCACUUCAUUGAAAACUACCUUCGGGAGUUCGAUCGAGGGUUUGACGCCCAGAGCGAAGAGGAACAAAGGAGGCUAAAGGAGGAGCUGUAUGUGGAAGUAAACAGGUUCUCACUGGCGUCUCACUUCUUUUGGGGUUUGUGGUCCAUCAUCCAAGCCCGACUGUCUACCAUCGAGUUCGGAUACCUGGAGUACGCCCAGGCCAGAUUUGAGGCCUACUUCCAGCAGAAGAAGAUCUGGGCUGCCUAAAGGAGCGAGUUGACCGGGGGGGAUUCGUCAACACAUUGAGCCCAAGUGUCAAAUGGAGGACAUGAAGGCGAAUAAAGAUACCACGAUCCAUGCUUUACUUACACUCCCUGCCUUGAAGGAUCUGCUGCUGACUGUUGGUGCUGGGUUGACCGAAGCUGGAACACGACCAACACGGCUGUGUGCUUAAAGUGCGCCCCUCAGUCCACCGCAGCUUGAGAUUUACCCCGUGUAACUACAUGAAGGCCAACAACAAAAAGGAAAGAGCAGACAUCGAUUUUUACGGACCUUCAUGACCAAUCAGAAGCGCUCCGCUUCUGCUUUGUUCAGAACGUAUCGGUAGAUUGACAGGUUUGAGU